AUGACGGUGAGGACCAUGACGAGAAGAAGACAUUUGAUUCAAGGAAGCGCGAUGUACCAAUGGAGGAUAUCUCAAAUGAAGACAUUGCUGAAUCCGAAGAUAAAUCAAGAAGCUGCUCAGUUAUUGAAAGCAAAAGCUAUGGAAGCAAUCGCUGAAGGAGAAAUCAUCCUGAUUCAUUCUGGUAGCGAGUUGGAAGAGAAACUCGAUGCUGCUUCAAGGGCAUCUCGGCUUUCAGUUCUCUACUUCACCGCAACAUGGUGUGGGCCCUGCCGUUACGUUGGCCCCGUUUUCACUAGCUUGGCUGGUAAGUACCCGAAAGUAGUUUUCUUGAAAGUGGACAUCGACGAGGCUAGAGAGGUCGCUGCUGAAUGGAACAUCAGAAGCAUCCCGACCUUCGUCUUCGUCAAAAAUGGCGAGGAGGUGGAUGAGCUCAUCUUCACAAAGCAAGGGAGCAGAGAAAGGCUGAGCUCGAAAGGCUGA